CUCGCGGUCACACUAGCCGGAAUUCUUGCGAAAUUAAAUUAAUGUUUUUGGAUUAAUUAAAAAGUACGGCAAGGAUUUCACAAUGGUGGUUCGCUCUUACAAUGAUGAGCUCAAGUAUCUGGAGAAGAUCAACGACCACUGCUGGCGGAUCAAGAAGGGCUUCCAGCCGAACAUGAACGUCGAGGGCUGCUUCUAUGUGAACAGGCGCCUGGAGCAACUCAUGCUGGAGGAAUUGAAGAACUCGUGCCGUCCGGGAGCAGUGGGUGGCUUCCUGCCCGGCGUCAAGCAAAUCGCAAAUGUGGCCGCCCUGCCAGGUAUUGUGGGUCGCUCCAUCGGCCUGCCCGACAUACAUUCAGGCUAUGGAUUCGCCAUCGGGAACAUGGCCGCAUUUGACAUGGAUAAUCCCCUGUCGAUAGUGAGCCCUGGCGGCGUUGGCUUCGACAUCAAUUGCGGUGUCCGCCUGCUGCGCACUAAUCUUUACGAGAAGGAUGUGCAGCCGGUGAAGGAGCAGCUGGCACAGUCUCUGUUCGACCACAUACCUGUGGGCGUGGGCUCAAAGGGCAUCAUUCCAAUGAACGCACGCGAUCUGGAGGAGGCCCUGGAAAUGGGAAUGGACUGGUCGCUGCGCGAGGGCUACGUCUGGGCCGAGGACAAGGAGCACUGCGAGGAGUACGGCCGCAUGCUGAACGCUGAUCCCGCCAAGGUUAGCAUGCGGGCUAAGAAGCGUGGCCUGCCGCAGCUUGGAACUUUGGGCGCGGGCAACCACUAUGCAGAGAUUCAGGUGGUGGACGAAAUCUACGACAAGUGGAGCGCCUCCAAGAUGGGCAUCGAAGAGAAGGGCCAAGUGGUCGUCAUGAUACACUCAGGAAGCCGUGGCUUUGGUCACCAAGUGGCCACCGAUGCGCUGGUUCAAAUGGAAAAGGCCAUGAAACGCGACAAGAUAGAGACCAACGAUCGGCAGCUGGCCUGCGCCCGCAUCAACUCUGUUGAGGGACAGGACUACCUCAAGGCCAUGGCAGCGGCUGCCAACUUCGCCUGGGUCAACCGCAGCUCCAUGACCUUCCUCACACGCCAGGCAUUUGCCAAGAUGUUUAACACAACUCCAGACGAUCUCGACAUGCAUGUCAUCUACGAUGUCUCCCACAACAUCGCCAAGGUGGAGAACCACAUGGUGGACGGCAAAGAGCGCAAGCUGCUCGUCCACCGCAAGGGCUCCACGCGCGCCUUUCCUCCUCACCAUCCACUGAUUCCUGUGGACUACCAGCUGACUGGCCAGCCCGUACUCGUGGGCGGCACCAUGGGCACCUGCAGCUACGUGCUGACUGGCACAGAGCAGGGCAUGAAGGAGACCUUCGGCAGCACCUGCCACGGAGCUGGUCGCGCCUUGUCACGUGCCAAAUCCCGCCGUAAUCUUGACUACAAGGAGGUGCUGGACAAGCUCGAGCAAAGCGGCAUUGCCAUACGCGUAGCCUCUCCCAAGCUAGUCAUGGAGGAGGCUCCCGAGUCGUACAAGGAUGUAACCGAUGUCGUGGACACCUGUCACGCUGCGGGCAUUAGCAAGAAGUGCAUCAAAAUGCGUCCCAUUGCUGUUAUCAAGGGCUAAAAGCUGUCUGUACUCGUAAGAUAUUUAUUUGUGAUUAAAUCGACGAAGACUUAUAAUGACAAGAUAAUUUGUCGCUUCAAUUAAAACAUUAAAUUGUAAAGUAA